AUGGUUAGUGCGUUCAUUGAGAGGUGGCGUCCCGAGACGCAUACCUUUCAUAUGCCUUUUGGAGAGUACACAGUGACACUGCAAGAUGUGGCGUUUCAGCUUGGGUUGCCUAUUGAUGGGAGGAAUGUUAGUGGUUGCCUUGCAAAGUUUGAAAAUUUCAUGGAGGGUGGCCGACCAUCCUGGAAAUGGUUUCAGGAGUUAUUCGGUGAGCUGCCACCACCGAAUAAGGUCAAGCAGAUGACCGUCCACUUCACAUGGUUUCAUGAGAGGUUUCGAGUAUUGCCACAAGAUGCGAUCGAGGAUACUGUUCGCAUAUGCGCACGUGCCUACAUCAUGAUGUUGUUAUCCACUCAGUUAUUUGGGGACAAGAGUGCGAAUUGGGUUCAUAUUUGGUGGUUGUCCUUUGUGGCAAAUCUUGAUGACAUUGGGAGUUAUAGUUGGGGGUCUGCCGCAUUGGCAUGGUUGUAUCGAUGCAUGUGUCGGGUGGCAAAUAGAAAUGUUACCAACUUGGCGGGUCCUCUUCAGUUGCUACAGAGUUGGAUAUUCUGGCGGUUUCUCUCGUUGCGGCCCUCUGGGUGGGUUGCCUACUUACCUCCAAAUGAUGGGAAAGAGCAAAGGGUUAUAAACUAUCGCCUUGCAUUAGAUCAAUUGACCGCUCGAGAUGUAAGUAUCAUAUCUGUGAAAUUUUUCUCUAGUAUUCAAAACUGA